AUGGAGGCCGCGACACCGAAAUGCCGACUCGUCCACCAUGCCAAAGACCAAUGCGCUCAUAUUUUGGCUAAUUGUGUAGACCAUGACGUUGGUCUUCUCUCCUAUUUACAGCUGUACUACUGCAAGCUUCCGCAAGCGAAACCAGUGGCAUUUAUUAUCUUAGCCUUGUGGCUCUCACUUCUAUUCAGCACUGUCGGGAUUGCCGCCAGCGAUUUUCUCUGUGUCAACCUCAGUACAAUUUCUAGUAUACUUGGGAUGAGUGAGAGCUUGACCGGCGUCACCUUUCUUGCUUUUGGAAAUGGUAGCCCUGACGUUUUCUCGACUUUCGCGGCUAUGAGGUCAAAUAGCGGCAGUUUAGCCAUCGGCGAAUUGAUCGGAGCUGCUGGUUUUAUCACUGCUGUUGUCACCGGCUCAAUGGCAUUAGUGCGGCCAUUCAAAGUGGCUCGACGAAGUUUUCUUCGCGACAUUGCUUUUUUUACUUGUGCUGCCUCUGUUAGCUUGGUUUUUAUCGCCGAUGGCAAGCUGUAUUUCUGGGAAUGUGCGUUAAUGAUUGGCUUUUAUCUUUUCUAUGUUAUGACAGUUGUUACCUGGCAUUGGUAUUUGGGUCGAAAACGCCGACAGCGCGAAAGAGACUUGAUGGCCAGGGCACACUUUCAUAUUCCUCAGAAUCAGGAGCUAGACAUUCACGACGUGCCUGAGGAUGAAGAUGCCCCUGUCGCAAAUGUUCAACGCCCACUGGUUUUUGGCGCUUCGGACGAGGAUUUUGACGCUUUGGAAAGAGCAGAUAUUCCCACCUGGAAGGUCGAAGAUGCGGAAGAUGAUGAAACACGAGAUCGAUACCUUGCAGAAUUGCAGGGAAACAUGAGGGUGAGCGGACCUCAUGUCAGUCAGAGGGGAAACGCAAUGGGCCCCAUCCGUCCAAGUCUUGUUGGGGCUUUAGAGUUUAGAUCCGUUCUCUCUUCUCUUGAACGGUCAAGAAGUUUCCAUUCUGGUCGCAUACAUCUUAGAAGCUAUUCUAACGACCAUCACCCGGGGCUUGUUGUUGAUACUUCAAGCCUCAUGAUGCCACCUAUCCACGGUCGCGCUCGAGCCAUAUCGGCAAAUCCGCCCACUCAACGCCAUUUUCACAAAACCUCGUCCCACAACGUUACGUCAGAAAUUGGCGCACCUUCAGUAUUUCCUAGCCAAUCUAUACCUCCUACUAUUAAAUUUGCUGCCUCAAGACACCUUGUUGCAUCACCUACAUCCUCGGGGUAUCCAUCAAGAUCACAAAGUCCUGUCCCAGGAGAACAGAGUGGAACACCCAGCUUUUUAGCGCCCCCAGGUGCCUUCCACAAUCCAAAUUACCGUGCCGAAGGAGGUGAAAUGCAUUCCGCUGAAGCAUCGUUGUUGACAUCUCCCAUUUCACCAGGGACUGUACAGCAAGAGUUACCUUCACCUGGGGCCAAUAGCUCUGCUAGCCCUACAGCUCCCUUUCCUGCAUAUCAUGACGAGGAUGAUUUCUCCCUCCGUUCUGAGAUUCCUAGCUUUAUUUUGCCACCUCCUAGCAUAUCUGCUGGGUCCCUGCCUCCAUCCAGCCAACAUGCCUGCCUUCACCAUGAUGAGCGGUUACUAUCAUGGUGGCCGUAUCGAUAUUUGCCUCCUCCUUCUGUUCUUAUGUCCACCCUCUUUCCAACGUUGGCUUGCUGGAAUGAAAAGUCUCUGUGGGAGAAGGCUUUGGGAAUUACAGCAGCACCCAGUGUUUUCUUUUUAACAAUUACUCUGCCGGUUAUCGAACCCCCUGAACCUGAAGAAAGCGCACCUUCUCUAGUUUCGCCUCUGUUGACCUCAAACGAACAUUCUAGACAAACCACCAUUCAUGUAGAACCUGGAACCUCUGAUGAGAAUACCCAUUUAUUAUCUGCAGGCUACAACAUCGCACAAGAUUCCAGAGCCAAAUCAUCAAUACCCCCAAUGUCCUCAAUAUCACGGUGCCGUCGUGAUUCUGAAGCCCCAGUAUCACAUAUAGAAGUUGAGAACAGCAGCUCAGUUCCCAAGCCAUGGAAUCCCUGGCUUCUUGCAAUUCAACUUCUUACCGCCCCCUUUUUUAUCGCUCUUACGGCUUGGAUCAACCUUGACUCCAACAUGAACGCCGGGAACCUUCUUAUUCCUGCUCUCAUAUCCUUAUGUAUUUCAACCAUUCUACUCACUCUUCUCCUAUUCACUUCCAACCACACCACUAAACAGCUCCCUUCUCGUGCCCGCCCUUUCCUAGCCGCUCUGGGAUUCGUUGUCUCGAUCGCUUGGAUCUCCACUCUUGCCACUGAAGUUGUCAAUCUACUUAAAGCUCUUGGUAUUAUCCUUAGCAUCAGCGAUCCCUUAUUGGGACUAACGAUUUUCGCCGUGGGGAAUUCUCUUGGUGAUCUCGUUGCUAAUGUCACCGUCGCUAGACUGGGAUAUCCCGUCAUGGCGCUGAGCGCCUGUUUCGGUGGCCCUAUGCUCAAUAUUCUUAUUGGUAUUGGUGUUGGCGGAUUAUAUAUGACUGUCAAUCCAACAAAGAAACAAACCAGCAUGUCUGUAUCUCCAACUAGCUUAGACACCAUUGUUUCGAGAGCGAUAUCCACUGCACAUCACCCCUACCCCAUCAAGGUGUCGACGAGCUUGGCCAUCAGUGGUGGAACGCUCCUAGCUACUUUGAUUGGUCUACUUAUCAUUGUCCCGUUGAAUGGUUGGAGAAUGGAUAGAAAGAUAGGGUUGGGGUUAGUGGCAUUGUGGUGCAUUAGCACCGUUUGCAAUGUUAUUAUUGAAGUUUUGUCAUAG